CAGUAGAAACUCUUAUUGGGAGUGGUACGCGCGAGGAACAUGUUGUGGAUAGUGAUACGGUUCUUGUUUAUAAUAAGUUUUUACAAUGUGCUUAUACAAUGUGAAGUUCAUCAAGAAAGACCUAAAAUAAAAACAUCUAAUGGUGAUCUAAUUUUAGAACCAGCAUUCAACAAAAACAUAUAUUUACGACGCAAUGGACCCAAGUCCUCAGUAUACUUAGGUGGCUUGAAUGUCCUUAAUAUUAAUACUACUUCUGCUCCAGGAUCAUAUCAACAAGCAUCCGGCAGUGAAUUCGAAAAUGAUCUUCAAGAUAUAAAUGGCAUAUCUGAACGCUUACACAGACUCGAAAAUCAAAAUACGCCGUUGUCAGCCGACUUGCUUAUUAACAUAACGUUACUUUCAAGAAAAAUAAAUCGACUUAAUAAUAGAGUUUCCUUACUCAGGACACAAAUGAGUAGAAGGGUUAACAAUUGUGAGUCUAAUCCAUGUCGACACGGUGGAACUUGUCUAAACUUGGUAACAGGUUAUCAUUGUCUUUGUCCAUCAAAUUGGGAGGGACCAAAAUGCGAAGACGAUGUGAAUGAAUGCCGCAGCUUCGCCGGUACAGACUUGGGCUGCCAGAAUGGUGCAACUUGUAUUAAUAGACCAGGAUCUUACGAAUGUCUUUGUAGAACAGGAUGGUUUGGUCUUCAUUGUACGAGGAAAGCUAAAGAUUGCUCCGGCGGUGAUUUCGAGAUGUGUGGGCAUGGUACUUGUUUAACUGUAACCUCCGGAGAUGGCAUCAAGUGCAUCUGUGAUCAAGGUUGGACGACGAAUGGGACAGGAAUUGCUUGCCUUACAGAUGUUAAUGAAUGUGAACAAGGUGCCCGGUGUUCUGUAAAUCCCAGAGUCGAAUGCAUAAACCUUCCAGGUUCUUUUCGAUGCGGUAGUUGUCCACCAGGUUUUGAAGGUAAUGGAUAUGUCUGCUACGACAUCGACGAGUGCCUCACUUUACCUAAUGGGGGUUGCAGUAUUACUCCUUUCGUCACUUGUCAUAAUACAAUUGGAUCAAGAAUUUGUGGUCCCUGUCCAAUGGGAUACCAGGGUGAUGGCGUUACUUGCACCUGGAGAGGUUCCUGUAAUAUAAAUAAUGGUGGUUGCCAUCCGUCUGCGCGUUGUGUCGAAAGCCGGUUCAGUUUCACUGGGACGAUGGGACACUGCGUCUGUCCGGAUGGAAUGUAUGGAGAUGGUAUCGGUGUUCAUGGCUGCUACGUUCCAAACUCAGGUAAUAUAACUUUACAAUGUAAAGACAAUCCGUGUGGUGAGCAUGGGUACUGUCAUUCAGUUAGAACUGGCUAUACAUGCAUAUGCCAAAAAGGUUUCAACGGCGUGCACUGUGAAAAUCCGGAAAAUUUAUGUCAAAGUAAUCCUUGUCAAAAUGGAGGUAGCUGCCGCUUAGACGAAAAUUCACCUGGGGGUUUCAGGUGUGAGUGUACCGCUUUAUAUUCUGGAGAUUUGUGCCAGUCACAUGCAACUCUUUGUGGUGGUGUAUUGAAUCACGAAGAAGGUAGCAUUAUAUAUCCCCUAAGUAAUGCUACCUACAGUCAUAAUGCUCGAUGUGCAUGGGUUAUUCAUACCAUACCAGAAAAAGUUAUAAAUGUAACAUUUAGUAAAUUUAAUUUAGAAUCUAGUCCCGAUUGUCUUUAUGACUUCUUACAAAUACAUGAUGGUAGAAGCUCAGCUAGUCAGUUAAUUGGGAGAUUUUGUGGUAGUCAAUUCCCUAAAGGAGGAACUAUCGUAUCUAGUCAUAAUAAUUUAUAUUUCUGGUUUCGUUCAGACCAAAGUAUUGCUAAGGAAGGUUUUGCUUUACAUUGGACUAGUGUAAACCCAGUAUGUGGGGGUGAAAUCGAUGCCAGUACCCAUGGUCAUAUUAGCUCACCGGGUUCACCCGGUAAAUAUCCACCGAAUAGAGAUUGCUACUGGCAUCUAACCACUGCGAUUGGGAAAAGAAUACAAUUACAUUUUUUCGCUCUAGAUAUUGAAUCACAUGUUAACUGCAGUUUUGACUUUCUAGCCAUAUAUGACGGCGGGCACAUCAGAGAUCCCCUUUUAGAAAAAUAUUGUAACUCAACUCAACCUGCUCCACUGCAAUCAGCUGGUUCAGAACUUUUAAUUCAUUUCCAUUCUGAUGCUUAUAAUUCUGGUUUCGGUUUCCAAAUUGCUUACGCCCCAGUUGAAGGUAUACCAGGCUGUGGUGGAUAUUUUACUGGGGACAGAGGUGAGAUAACGUCACCUACUUACAACGGUAAAUAUAUCAGUAAUUUAAAAUGUGAAUACAAAAUUAAAAUCAGUGAAGACACAAAAAUUCGUAUUAAUUUUGUUACUUUUUCGCUAGAGAAUUCGUUUCGCUGCAAGUAUGAUUAUGUUAAGAUUUAUGAUGGACCGUCUAGUGAUUCUCGUUUCGUUGGUAAAUUUUGUGGUACAUCACAUCCGAAAUCAUAUACCUCAUCAUCAAAUACGUUAUUUAUUAUAUUUAAAUCUGAUCAUACAAUGACUUCAGAAGGUUUCAAAAUAACUUAUGAAUCUAUUUGUCACAAACAAUUAUAUGGAGAUAGUGGCAUCAUAAAGUCGCCGGGAUAUCCAUUCAGUUAUCCGGAAAAUAAAGUUUGUGAAUAUAUAAUAAAUGCUGUACCAGGAAAAGCAAUACAGUUAACAUUCCAAGAUUUCAAUAUAGAAAAUAACAGUUACUCUGAUUGCCAAUACGAUAAUGUUGAAAUUAGAGACGGGCCUGACAUCAACUCUACAUUACUUGGCAGAUUUUGUGGGUCGGAACACUUACCUCCAGUUCAAACUUCAACAUUUAACAUUAUGUAUAUACGAUUUAAGUCCGAUAUGAGCAUAACAGGUAUUGGUUUUUAUGCUAACUACACAACAAUAGAUACUGAAUGUGGCGGAAUUCACAGAGAUACUACAGGGGUAAUAAGUCACCCAUCGGAUGCAGACACGACAUACAAAAAUGAUCAAUCUUGUACUUGGAUGGUAAUUGCGCCUGAAGGAAUGCAUAUUAAGCUUACGUGGGAUAGAUUCAGAUUAGAAAAUCAAAUUAGACCAUCGUGCACCAGUGACUUUGUAGAAUUAUAUGAAGUAGAUGAUGACAAUCAGCGCAGUUUACUUGGUCGUUAUUGUGGUAAUACAAUACCACCCGCCCUCAUUUCUUCUACUAAUAGACUCAUGAUAAAAUUUGAAUCAGACAAUAGCAUCAAGGAAAGUGGUUUUGCUUUAUCAUAUUCCUUUGUAGACGAAAGAUCGCACUGUGGUGCAUUCUUAGUAAAGUCUCAUGGCUACAUAUACUCUCCCGGAUGGCCACAUGUAUACGAGCCUAAUCGCGACUGUAUUUGGACAAUUACUGUGCCUGUUGGGCAGCAAAUUAAGCUAAAUAUAUCCCAGUUUGACUUAGAACGUCCCAUACGUGAUAAGUGUGAUCUUGGAGAUUACUUAGAAAUAAGAAAUGGAGCGACAGAAAAAACUCCUUUAAUAGGCAAAUAUUGUGGUAAAUUCAAAUCAAAACGUAUUAUAUCGGCCGCGAAUAGUUUGUAUUUGCAUUUCCAUUCUGAUUUUUAUUUAACAGGUCGUGGCUUUAAAAUUGAAUGGGAUGGCACCAUAACAGGUUGCGGAGGCACACUCACGAGUGUUAACGGAUCUAUUUCUUCACCUAAUUAUCCUAAUAAUUACAACGAAAAUGCAGAAUGUUUUUACAGAAUAGUCACAAGUGCCGGAUCUCGAAUCCGAAUUUCCUUCACUGAAUUAGAUUUGGAGACGACUCGGCAAUGCACGGACGACUACGUAGAAAUAUUCGAUGGUAGAGAUACAAGUGCCGUAAGUUUAGGUAAACACUGUGAAAUGUCUAAAGCUUUAAGGAAUAUUGAAACGUCUGGUAACUAUGCUUAUAUUAAAUUUCGAUCAGAUUUUUAUAUAAGUAGCAAGGGCUUUUUGCUAAACUAUAAUACUAUCUGUCAAUGUAACCUUACAGGUAAUUUCGGCGUCAUUGAAAGUCCAGGCUAUCCCAGUAAUUAUCCUCAUUAUGCCAAUUGUCUAUGGACUAUCACAGUUCCAAGAGGAAAUAAAAUUAACGUGACGUUUACGCACUUUGACAUAUUUAAAACGAACCGAAAUUUUGCCUGGAGGAGGCUAGACUUUUAUGUAGUUCGUACACAUGUAGAUACAUGCGAUACAGAUUUUGUACAAAUAAGCGAAACAGAUGGUACGUCCGUCACAGAAAAGCUUUGUGGGUCUACAUUGCCUAAACAAAUAAAUGUUCAAAAUAAUAUUCUUAAUAUAAAAUUUAAAUCAGGCGGUUAUUUCACUAGAAGUGGUUUCCGCCUGGAGUGGGUAAAAGAUGGAUGCGGUGGUCAUAUUCAAAAGCUAUUUGGUUCCUUGUCAUUGGAUAAGAGAAUGACUGUUGCUGAAACUGAAAUAAACUGCGAAUGGAUAAUAGAAACUCCUCUAGGUACAAGCGCUACAAUAACUUUCACAGACUUGUAUAUGUACGAUAAUAAAAAUUGCACAGUGGACGCGAUUGAGGUAUACAAUGGACAGAGUGUCGAUGCGCCUCUCAUAACAAAAAUUUGCCAUCGAUAUUUGGGACAAGUUGAAGGAAGUUCUAACGUUCUUUUAGUAAGAUUUAUUAAAAAUUCUUCUCUAAGGAAUGUAUUUUUUAGAUCUCAUUUUGAUUCUUUUAGAUCUGGGUGCGGUGGUAAAAUAAUAGCACACUCCGGUAUGAUUUACUCAAAGAAUUACCCCAAAAAUUAUGAUGAUAAUUUAGAUUGUAUUUGGUCGCUAAUAGUACCCAAGAACCACCGAAUAAAAUUAAAUAUGCUAGAAUUUGAUUUAUAUUCAGAAGACAAUGAAGAUUCGUCAUCUUGUGGAGACAAGAUUAAUAUAUACGAAACAAGUAAUAUUUUGAACUCCAAUUAUACUUAUCAUGUUUGCCCCAAGACGAACAUAUCGGAAAUUGUAUCGCAAUCCAACGAACUUAGCCUUCAAUUUCUUACAAAUGAUUAUGGCACUGCGAAAGGAUUCAAGGCAUCUUUUGAGAUGAUAUGUGGUGCUCGUAUUAAAGCCGCUUCUGACGGAGUAAUUAAUAAUAAUUUUUUACAAGAAUCUAAUGAAACUUGUACAUGGACCUUGCUAGCUCCUACACCCAGUUUGAAAAUUAAACUAACUAUAACACAUAUGUCGAUUCCUAAAUAUACAUUAGAUGGUACAAAUACAAGUAGGUCGUGUCCAGCAUCAUUUCUGAGAAUACUCGAUGGUGACGGUGAGGAUUCGCCUUUGAUCGAUGAAUACUGUGGAAAUAAAGUCCCUCCAAUGAUUGUAAGUCAUGGUAGUGCAAUGACCAUACAACUUGGAAGUUACGUCGGUAAAAUUGCAGGAAAAUUUUCAGCCCACUAUACGACUUUAUCCUCGGCUUGUGGAGGAAUAUUAACCUCGGAGGAAGGUACUAUCGCUUCGCCAAAUUAUCCCCUAUCAUAUCCUCCUGAUUCUGAUUGUGAAUGGAUUUUAAGCACAUCACCUGGUAAUAAAGUAUACAUAACGUUUGAAGAGCUCAACUUAGAAUAUUCGGUAGGAUGCAAUGAAGAUUAUUUAGAAGUACGUGAAGAUAAUGGUGGCGGCAGACUAAUAGGAGUUUUCUGUGGAAAUGUUUUACCAACAAACACAACAUCUGCAAGCAAACUAUAUAUCAAAUUUCAUAGUGAUAGUAAAGAUUCAAGUCGCGGCUUCCUAAUUCACUAUGGAUUUUUACAUGGAAAUAAUAUAUUUGGAUUGACAAGAGGUGAAAUAACAUCACCCUUGUAUCCCAAUAUAUACGAGGGCCGUGCUGAAUAUACAUGGCGUAUAACGGUAAAAAACCCUUCAACUAUCGCUUUACAGAUUGACAAGUUGGAAAUUCAUAACCAGGGGACAACGUGUCAAAAUUACUUAGCUUUUUAUGAUGGUUAUAAUGAAGAAGCUCCGCUUCUAGAAGAGAUAUGUGGAAUAAUCACAAACCAAAUUAAGUCUCUCAAAACAAUUUCAGGUAUGGUUUACAUUAAAUUGCAUUUGGAAGAAUCAAAUAUCGGUUCUCUUUUCCAUUUACACUGGGAGCAAGCUGAUAAAGAUGAAGGAAUUGAAAUGGGUGAUAAACCUAAUUGUGGAUUUAAUCAUACUGAAAUUGUAGCCCCAGGACGUAGUGUCACUUUCACCUCGCCUAAUUAUCCUCUACCCUACGAUAAUGAUUUACAUUGCGUGUGGGUUUUCAAAUCAACAGUCGGACGUCACUUAUCAUUAUCCUUUCAUGAUUUCUCUUUAGAAGAGUCACCAAAUUGUUUUGCAGACAAAGUAAACAUAUUUUCUUCAAAUUCUCUUGAUCAAUGGACUCCUUUAAAAGAAAAUGUUUGUGAAAAUGAAGUAAUAAAGGUGUCGAUGAAAGCAUCCACUUAUCUGAAGGUUCAAUUUAAAACAGAUUCUUCGGUUACUCAAAAAGGUUUUUCAGCUAAGGUUUCAUCAAUGUGUGGAGGUGAACUUUUAAAUUCUGGGGUGAUAGAGCCGACUUGGAUUGAUAUGCAAAACAUAUUUUCGCAUAUGAUACAAUGUGAAUGGAAGCUGAAAGUGCGACCUGGGCGAAAUAUAAAAAUUGUAUUUGAAAAUUUUAAUAUCACAAGUUCCGAUUGCUCUUCAUAUGUUAUUAUACAUAAUGGCGAAACAAAAGAUUCGCCUUUAUUAGGUGAUGGAAGAUAUUGCGGUUAUGCACAUGAAAAAUUGAGUGACAUGACUUCAUCUAGUAAUGCCAUAUUUAUAAGUUCCGUAAUACACGUUUCUAGGGAUUCCUUUGGGACUUUUAAAAAUUUUAAGAUACGUUUUGAAGAAUUAAAUGUUGUGUGUGGUGUUACAUCUUCGUUGGAUAUUGAUCAUCAAUGGGAAGUCAUAUCUUCACCAAAUUACCCUUCCGUACCUCCAUCUUAUACAGAGUGUAUUUGGGUAUUCAUUGGUCCUCCGGGUGAAAUUCUACGUAUCGACUUUAUUGAAAGAUUUGACUUAGAAAAAUCAGAUUCUUGUGCUUCAGAAUACAUAGAGAUUCGUGAGGGUUCUACAAGAAUUUCUCCAGUGAAAGGUAGAUAUUGUGGUGAUAAGCCUGGAACAAUAAAAACGAGUAACAAUAUAAUGUAUAUUAAGUAUUCAACGCAAUUAUCAGAACCCAGAAAUGGAUUUAAAGCUAAUAUUUCUAUAGAUGUCUGCGGUGGUACCAUUGUGGCAAGCGAAGGUACUUUGGUGUCACCGGGUUACCCACACAUGCCUGUAUUACCGUAUGGUACAAUUUGUAAAUGGAACAUCAUUGGGCCUUCGGUAUUUAGUUUAAAACUUCAACUGAAAGAUUUUAAUGUCCCUGACUCUGUAGAACCUUGUGCUACAAAACUUACCAUUAGCGAAAAUUCUAUUCCAGUUAAUAAUACUGUUACUAUAUUAAAAGAAUAUUGUAACGACGACAUAGAAGAAUAUUCAACACCUAUUGAAUCUUUUACUAAUCAAGUUAUAGUUGCAUUAUCUAUUGGUAAGCCUAAUGAUUGGGAUCAAAUUUCUGAUAACAGGGGAUUUAAACUGACGUUUAGUUCCUGGAGGCCCACUUGCGGUGGCACUGUUACGACAUCAGAAGGAUUCCUAACUACACCAGGCUACCCCAGACUAACAACAUUGAGGUUUUGUCAAUGGAAAAUUAAACUGCCUAAUUCUAACAGACGUGUACGUCUAGAACUCUUAGAUUUCGAUUUGGAGAAUCAUCGCAUAGGAAUAUAUAAUGAUGUGCAAUUCCAAACUCUGAUUGAAAAAAUACCUAGUAAAAAUUAUUCUGUAGCAGAUAAAGUUUUCGAAUCAUCUGGAAGUACUUUAGGAAUCUAUGUGUGGUUAAAGCCGUUGGGAACAAAAACUCACCGAUUCAAAGCUCAAUUUACUUCAAAUGAUGAAGCAAUGUGUGGAGGUAAAUUAACUGGUAGCACGGGAGAAUUGUUGGAUCCCGAUCUUCAACGUUCGUACUUAUGCUCGUGGCAUUACAGUUACGAAGAUGUUGAAAAUAACUUGAAUUCUCAAUAUAAUACCAUGGUUAUUCAAGCUAUUGUUAAUAAUCCAUCAAUUAAAAAAAGUUGCCGCUUUUCCGAGCCUCGUUUAACUAUAAAAUCUAUUAUUAUGGAAAACCUCUCACUCACUCGAACUAUUUGUGGAGGAAAUAAAGAAGAAACUUAUAGACUUCCGUCAAACAUCAUGGAUAUUACAGCUGUGAGAAAUAAGGACAAAGACUUGAAUUUUCAUCUGAAAUGGAAGUUACAACCUUGUGGCGGUGUCGUCUACGUGAGCGAAGAAAUAAUAAAUGUAUUGAAUUUAACAAGUAAUUAUAACGUUUCGAUAGAUUGUGCAUGGGUACUUGUCGCACCUACAAAUAGUAAGAUUGAAAUUAAAUUAGAGGGUGAAUUUCAAUUGGAAUGCUCCAACGAAUUUAUACAAAUCAGCCAAGGUACUGGGCAGUUGACAACAAUAAUUGGUGACUAUUGUAAAGAUAGGAUUCCACAAAAUCCUUUAGUUACAGCUUAUAAGUAUACAUUUGUGGAAUAUCAUUCAAGUGCUAAGAAUAACACUAAAUUAAAAUUAAUUGUGAAAACUGCUACAAGUCAAUGUGGAGGAAUACUGACAAAACAUGAACGUCAAUUUUCAUCGCCGAACUUUCCUAAAAAUUAUAUGAAAAAUCAAGAGUGCAUCUGGGAAAUAAAAGCAGAAAUUGGUAAUAGAGUAUCUCUUCAGUUUAUUGAACGUUUUGUAAUUGAAGAUACACCAAAUUGUACGAAGGAUGCGUUAAUUAUAUAUGACUGGAAGGAUAACAUGUAUACUGAAGUUACAAAACUUUGUGGCCGGCGAUUACCACCGGCGUAUAACUCGACUUACAAUCAAAUGAAAGUUGUGUUCCGUACCGAUUCUGAGAUAAAUCUGGAUGGAUUUAGAGCUCACUGGUCUUCUAUUUGUGGCGGUCUUUAUGAAGCCACCGAAAAGGAACAAAUACUCUACAGUCCAGGCUAUAAUAACGGAUACUUGCCUUCUUUGAGAUGCGAAUACCGAUUUUCAGCAACAGGCAAUAGGAUUGAAUUGAAAUUUUUAACAUUUGAUAUCGAAGGUACGUAUCCACUAUGUGAAUAUGACAACGUUACUUUGACAGCGCACAGUAAGUACGACUAUGUUUACCAGGUAUACUGUGGACAAGAACUUCCGCCUCCCUUAAAAAAUGUUGACGAAGUCCAAAUGGUUUUGAGUACUGAUAGAUAUAGCAGUAGAAAGGGAUUUAAAUUGUCUUAUUCUAUUUUUACUUGUGGAGGCAAAGUUAGUAAUAAUAGUCAUGUUAUUAAAUUUGACAAAUAUGAACAAGAUUUAAAUUGUACAUGGAUUAUCCAAGCUCCUGUUAAUAAAAUUGUCGUAUUAAGAUUUGAUUACAUCGAUCUAGAGAGUAAUCCCGAUUGCUACAACGAUUACAUUGCAGUUUAUAACGGAUUGAGUAUCGAUAACAAUAAACGACUUGCAUUGAUAUGUGGACAUGUUAACUCGAGUACAAUAAUUAAGAGCAGCGGAAAUGAAGUUCUUUUACAAUUCGUAACCGACAGCAGCGUUACAUAUACAGGCUUUCAAGUUGAAAUUAUUUUCAGUUACUCGGAAUCUGCUGGGUGUGGGGGGCAAAUUGAUUUAAAUCCUACAUCAAGUCAUACCUUAAAAUCACCUCUUAUAGGAAACAGUUUUGUAUAUGAAAAUUAUUUAGAUUGUACAUGGAAUAUAAAAGCUCCGCAUGAUUAUGUCGUUAAUGUGGAAUUUAUAUCUUUCCACGUAUCUUCCUGCUAUAAUGUUAAUCAGACGGCUCUAGGAAUCAGCACGUGUAACUGUGAUUUCGUUGAGUUCAGGGACGGAAUAAACCCAAACAGUAUAAUUAUAGGCACGUAUUGUGGUCAUACUUUACCACCACAAAUACAUUCAACUUACGAAUAUAUGUCUGUUCGUCUUGCCACAGACGGAGAACUUGCUAGUUCAGGUUUUGAAGCUGUAUUAUCAGCAAAAGAAUCGCUUUGUGGCCAAAGUGUAUUUACAGUUACAAAUAACGUUCAAACGUUGAAAUCACCACGUUACGAUUCUGGUUUUGUUCCACGUGACUUACAUUGCUCGUAUCGUUUAAGCGCUGAAAGAUACACUACAGUACGUCUAUCAAUAAAGAAUUUAGAUUUGCAAUCGGGUUCUACGGAUACAAAUGAAUGUAAUAACGAUUAUUUGUUAAUAACAAGCAACCCUUACCCCUUUAAUAAUACAUCUAUAGGAAGGGAAUUUAUUCUGAGUCCACAAGUUAAUUCCUUUUUUGAUGUUUCAAGUUUUUAUGAACAAACUUUUCCUAGUAGUUCGGUAUUUUGUGGAGUAAAAAAAUCCAUUGAUUUAUAUGUAAACGGUGAAAUUUUAAUAUAUUUAAAAACAACAUCGGAAUCAAGCAGAAGUUAUAGAGGGUUUGAAAUAGAAUUUAUUAAUUCCGGUUUCUGUGGAAGAAAUUACACCGAUUCACAAGGCAGGAUAAAGUCUACGUAUCCAACGACAGAGGAGUCUAAAGAUUGCUAUACGCUCAUCACGGCUCCUGAACAUCACACAGUUGCUCUUUACUUUUUCUUUAUUUCUCCGGACUAUGAUAAUGAAAAGGUAUAUCUUGAUAUAUUUGAUGGCAAUAGUACAACUAGUCCACUUUUAAUUAGGUUCGCAAAGGAAGUCGUAGGUAACUCUGCAGUUUUUUCAACGGGCAGGAGCUUAUUAUUACAUAAUCACGGCGGAGAUAACAAUAGAAUGUUAACAUUCGAUUCGAACUAUGUUGCUACUGACAAAGGCCGCGGGUGCGGUGGCAAGCUGAAUAAUGUGGUAGGGAUAGUUAUGAGCCCUUUAUAUCCGGAAGUUUACCGACAGAAAAGUACAUGUGAAUGGGAGUUGGAAACUCCACAUGGAACUCGUGUGAUGGUCCAUUUUGAAGUAUUCGAUCUGGGUGUUGUAUGCGAUCAAAACUAUCUUCAACUAGUAAAUAGAGACGGGAACACGAUAUCUACUUUUUGUUCUGAAACCCCCGCAGAUUAUACAAGCGUAGAUAAUUACGUUAAAAUUAUAUUUACAACAACUAUGAAUAACGGUGGAACUGGUUGGGUUGCAGACUUUAAACUCUUGUUGGGAGUGGUACGCGCGGGGAACAUGUUGUGGAUAGUGAUAUGCUUCUUGUUUAUAAUAAGUUUUUGCAAUGUGCUUAUACAAUGUGAAGUUCAUCAAGAAAGACCUAAAAUAAAAACAUCUAAUGGUGAUCUAAUUUUAGAACCAGCAUACAAUAAAAACAUAUAUUUACGACGCAACGGACCCAAGUCCACAGUAUACUUAGGUGGCUUGAAUGUCCUUAAUAUUAAUACUACUUCUGCUCCAGAACCAUAUCAACAAGCAGCCGGCAGUGAAUUCGAAAAUGAUCUUCAAGAUAUAAAUCGCAUAUCUGAACGCUUGCACAGACUUGAAAAUCAAAAUACUCCGUUGUCAGCCGACUUACUUGUUAACAUAACGUUACUUUCAAAAAAAAUAAAUCGACUUAAUAAUAGAGUUUCCUUACUCAGGACACAAAUGAGUAGAAGGGUUAACAAUUGUGAAUCUAAUCCAUGUAGACACGGUGGAACUUGUCUAAACUUGGUAACAGGUUAUCAUUGUCUUUGUCCAUCAAAUUGGGAGGGACCAAAAUGCGAAGACGAUGUGAAUGAAUGCCGCAACUUCGCCGGUACAGACUUGGGCUGCCAGAAUGGUGCAACUUGUAUUAAUAGACCAGGAUCUUACGAAUGUCUUUGUAGAACAGGAUGGUUUGGUCUUCAUUGUACGAGGAAAGCUAAAGAUUGCUCCGGCGGUGAUUUCGAGAUGUGUGGGCAUGGUACUUGUUUAACUGUAAACUCCGGAGAUGGCAUCAAGUGCAUCUGUGAUCAAGGUUGGACGACGAAUGGGACAGGAAUUGCUUGCCUUACAGAUGUUAAUGAAUGUGAACAAGGUGCCCGGUGUUCUGUAAAUCCCAGGGUCGAAUGCAUAAACCUUCCAGGUUCUUUUCGAUGCGGUACUUGUCCACCAGGUUUUGAAGGUAAUGGGUAUGUCUGCUACGACAUCGACGAGUGCCUCACUUUACCUAAUGGGGGUUGCAGUAUUACUCCUUUCGUCACUUGUCAUAAUACAAUUGGAUCAAGAAUUUGUGGUCCCUGUCCAAUGGGAUACCAGGGUGAUGGCGUUACUUGCACCUGGAGAGGUUCCUGUAGUAUAAAUAAUGGUGGAUGCCAUCCGUCUGCGCGUUGUGUCGAAAGCCAGUUCAGUUUCACUGGGACGAUGGGACACUGCGUCUGUCCGGAUGGAAUGUAUGGAGAUGGUAUCGGUGUUCAUGGCUGCUACGUUCCAAACUCAGGUAAUAUAACUCUACAAUGUAAAGACAAUCCGUGUGGUGAGCAUGGGUACUGUCAUUCAAUUAGAACUGGCUAUACAUGCAUAUGCCAAAAAGGUUUCAACGGCGUGCACUGUGAAAAUCCGGAAAAUUUAUGUCAAAGUAAUCCUUGUCAAAAUGGAGGUAGCUGCCGCUUAGACGAAAAUUCACCUGGGGGUUUCAGGUGUGAGUGUACCGCUUUAUAUUCUGGAGACUUGUGCCAGUCACACGCAACUCUUUGUGGUGGUGUAUUGAAUCACGAAGAAGGUAGCAUUAUAUAUCCCCUAAGUAAUGCUACCUACAGUCAUAAUGCUCGAUGUGCAUGGGUUAUUCAUACCAUACCAGAAAAAGUUAUAAAUGUAACAUUUAGUAAAUUUAAUUUAGAAUCGAGUCCCGAUUGUCUUUAUGACUUCUUACAAAUACAUGAUGGUAGAAGCUCAGCUAGUCAGUUAAUUGGGAGAUUUUGUGGUAGUCAAUUCCCUAAAGGAGGAACUAUCGUAUCUAGUCAUAAUAAUUUAUAUUUCUGGUUUCGUUCAGACCAAAGUAUUGCUAAGGAAGGUUUUGCUUUACAUUGGACCAGUGUAAACCCAGUAUGCGGGGGUGAAAUCGAUGCCAGUACCCAUGGUCAUAUUAGCUCACCGGGUUCACCAGGUAAAUAUCCACCGAAUAGAGAUUGCUACUGGCAUCUAACUACUGCGAUUGGGAAAAGAAUACAAUUACAUUUUUUCGCUCUAGAUAUUGAAUCACAUGUUAACUGCAGUUUUGACUUUCUAGCCAUAUAUGACGGCGGGCACAUCAGAGAUCCCCUUUUAGAAAAAUAUUGUAACUCAACUCAACCUGCUCCACUGCAAUCAGCUGGUUCAGAACUUUUAAUACAUUUCCAUUCUGAUGCUUAUAAUUCUGGUUUCGGUUUCCAAAUUGCUUACGCCCCAGUUGAAGGUAUACCAGGCUGUGGUGGAUAUUUUACUGGGGACAGAGGUGAGAUAACGUCACCUACUUACAACGGUAAAUAUAUCAGUAAUUUAAAAUGUGAAUACAAAAUUAAAAUCAGUGAAGACACAAAAAUUCGUAUUAAUUUUGUUUCUUUUUCGCUAGAGAAUUCGUUUCGCUGCAAGUAUGAUUAUGUUAAGAUUUAUGAUGGACCGUCUAGUGAUUCUCGUUUCGUUGGUAAAUUUUGUGGUACAUCACAUCCGAAAUCAUAUACCUCAUCAUCAAAUACGUUAUUUAUUAUAUUUAAAUCUGAUCAUACAAUGACUUCAGAAGGUUUCAAAAUAACUUAUGAAUCUAUUUGUCACAAACAAUUAUAUGGAGAUAGUGGCAUCAUAAAGUCGCCGGGAUAUCCAUUCAGUUACCCGGAAAAUAAAGUUUGUGAAUAUAUAAUUAAUGCUGUACCAGGGAAAGCAAUACAGUUAACAUUCCAAGAUUUCAAUAUAGAAAAUAACAGUUACUCUGAUUGCCAAUACGAUAAUGUUGAAAUUAGAGACGGGCCUGACAUCAACUCUACAUUACUUGGCAGAUUUUGUGGGUCGGAACACUUACCUCCAGUUCAAACUUCAACAUUUAACAUUAUGUAUAUACGAUUUAAGUCCGAUAUGAGCAUAACAGGUAUCGGUUUUUAUGCUAACUAUACAACAAUAGAUACUGAAUGUGGCGGAAUUCACAGAGAUACUACAGGGGUAAUAAGUCACCCAUCGGAUGCAGACACGACUUACAAAAAUGAUCAAUCUUGUACUUGGAUGGUAAUUGCGCCUGAAGGAAUGCAUAUUAAGCUUACGUGGGAUAGAUUCAGAUUAGAAAAUCAAAUUAGACCAUCGUGCACCAGUGACUUUGUAGAAUUAUAUGAAGUAGAUGAUGACAAUCAGCGCAGUUUACUUGGUCGUUAUUGUGGUAAUACAAUACCACCCGCCCUCAUUUCUUCUACUAAUAGACUCAUGAUAAAAUUUGAAUCAGACAAUAGCAUCAAGGAAAGUGGUUUUGCUUUAUCAUAUUCCUUUGUAGACGAAAGAUCGCACUGUGGUGCAUUCUUAGUAAAGUCUCAUGGCUACAUAUACUCUCCCGGAUGGCCACAUGUAUACGAGCCUAAUCGCGACUGUAUUUGGACAAUUACUGUGCCUGUUGGGCAGCAAAUUAAGCUAAAUAUAUCCCAGUUUGACUUAGAACGUCCCAUACGUGAUAAGUGUGAUCUUGGAGAUUACUUAGAAAUAAGAAAUGGAGCGACAGAAAAAACUCCUUUAAUAGGCAAAUAUUGUGGUAAAUUCAAAUCAAAACGUAUUAUAUCGGCCGCGAAUAGUUUGUAUUUGCAUUUCCAUUCUGAUUUUUAUUUAACAGGUCGUGGAUUUAAAAUUGAAUGGGAUGGCACCAUAACAGGUUGCGGAGGCACACUCACGAGUGUUAACGGAUCUAUUUCUUCACCUAAUUAUCCUAAUAAUUACAACGAAAAUGCAGAAUGUUUUUACAGAAUAGUCACAAGUGCCGGAUCUCGAAUCCGAAUUUCCUUCACUGAAUUAGAUUUGGAGACGACUCGGCAUUGCACGGACGACUACGUAGAAAUAUUCGAUGGUAGAGAUACAAGUGCCGUAAGUUUAGGUAAACACUGUGAAAUGUCUAAAGCUUUAAGGAAUAUUGAAACGUCUGGUAACUAUGCUUAUAUUAAAUUUCGAUCAGAUUUUUAUAUAAGUAGCAAGGGCUUUUUGCUAAACUAUAAUACUAUCUGUCAAUGUAACCUUACAGGUAAUUUCGGCGUCAUUGAAAGUCCAGGCUAUCCCAGUAAUUAUCCUCAUUAUGCCAAUUGUCUAUGGACUAUCACAGUUCCAAGAGGAAAUAAAAUUAACGUGACGUUUACGCACUUUGACAUAUUUAAAACGAACCGAAAUUUUGCCUGGAGGAGGCUAGACUUUUAUGUAGUUCGUACACAUGUAGAUACAUGCGAUACAGAUUUUGUACAAAUAAGCGAAACAGAUGGUACGUCCGUUACAGAAAAGCUUUGUGGGUCUACUUUGCCUAAACAAAUAAGUGUUCAAAAUAAUAUUCUUAAUAUAAAAUUUAAAUCAGGCGGUUAUUUCACUAGAAGUGGUUUCCGCCUGGAGUGGGUAAAAGAUGGAUGCGGUGGUCAUAUUCAAAAGCUAUUUGGUUCCUUGUCAUUGGAUAAGAGAAUGACUGUUGCUGAAACUGAAAUAAACUGCGAAUGGAUAAUAGAAACUCCUCUAGGUACAAGCGCUACAAUAACUUUCACAGACUUGUAUAUGUACGAUAAUAAAAAUUGCACAGUGGACGCGAUUGAGGUAUACAAUGGACAGAGUGUCGAUGCGCCUCUCAUAACAAAAAUUUGCCAUCGAUAUUUGGGACAAGUUGAAGGAAGUUCUAACGUUCUUUUAGUAAGAUUUAUUAAAAAUUCUUCUCUAAGGAAUGUAUUUUUUAGAUCUCAUUUUGAUUCUUUUAGAUCUGGGUGCGGUGGUAAAAUAAUAGCACACUCCGGUAUGAUUUACUCAAAGAAUUACCCGAAAAAUUAUGAUGAUAAUUUAGAUUGUAUUUGGUCGCUAAUAGUACCCAAGAACCACCGAAUAAAAUUAAAUAUGCUAGAAUUUGAUUUAUAUUCAGAAGACAAUGAAGAUUCGUCAUCUUGUGGAGACAAGAUUAAUAUAUACGAAACAAGUAAUAUUUUGAACUCCAAUUAUACUUAUCAUGUUUGCCCCAAGACGAAUAUAUCGGAAAUUGUAUCGCAAUCCAACGAACUUAGCCUUCAAUUUCUUACAAAUGAUUAUGGCACUGCGAAAGGAUUCAAGGCAUCUUUUGAGAUGAUAUGUGGUGCUCGUAUUAAAGCCGCUUCUGACGGAGUAAUUAAUAAUAAUUUUUUACAAGAAUCUAAUGAAACUUGUACAUGGACCAUGCUAGCUCCUACACCCAGUUUGAAAAUUAAACUAACUAUAACACAUAUGUCGAUUCCUAAAUAUACAUUAGAUGGUACAAAUACAAGUAGGUCGUGUCCAGCAUCAUUUCUGAGAAUACUCGACGGUGACGGUGAGGAUUCGCCUUUGAUCGACGAAUACUGUGGAAGUAAAGUCCCUCCAAUGAUUGUAAGUCAUGGUAGUGCAAUGACCAUACAACUUGGAAGUUACGUCGGUAAAAUUGCAGGAAAAUUUUCAGCCCACUAUACGACUUUAUCCUCGGCUUGUGGAGGAAUAUUAACCUCGGAAGAAGGUACUAUCGCUUCGCCAAAUUAUCCCCUAUCAUAUCCUCCUGAAUCUGAUUGUGAAUGGAUUUUAAGCACAUCACCUGGUAAUAAAGUAUACAUAACGUUUGAAGAACUCAACUUAGAAUAUUCGGAAGGAUGCAAUGAAGAUUAUUUAGAAGUACGUGAAGAUAAUGGUGGCGGCAGACUAAUAGGAGUUUUCUGUGGAAAUGUUUUACCAACAAACACAACAUCUGCAAGUAAACUAUAUAUCAAAUUUCAUAGUGAUAGUAAAGAUUCAAGUCGCGGCUUCCUAAUUCACUAUGGAUUUUUACAUGGAAAUAAUAUAUUUGGAUUGACAAGAGGUGAAAUAACAUCACCAUUGUAUCCCAAUAUAUACGAGGGCCGUGCUGAAUAUACAUGGCGUAUAACUGUAAAAAACCCCUCAACUAUCGCUUUACAGAUUGACAAGUUGGAAAUUCAUAACCAGGGGACAACGUGUCAAAAUUACUUAGCUUUUUAUGAUGGUUAUAAUGAAGAAGCUCCGCUUCUAGAAGAGAUGUGUGGAAUAAUCACAAACCAAAUUAAGUCUCUCAAAACAAUUUCAGGUAUGGUUUACAUUAAAUUGCAUUUGGAAGAAUCAAAUAUCGGUUCUCUUUUCCAUUUACACUGGGAGCAAGCUGAUAAAGAUGAAGGAAUUGAAAUGGGUGAUAAACCUAAUUGUGGAUUUAAUCAUACUGAAAUUGUAGCCCCAGGACGUAGUGUCACUUUCACCUCGCCUAAUUAUCCUCUACCCUACGAUAAUGAUUUACAUUGCGUGUGGGUUUUCAAAUCAACAGCCGGACGUCAUUUACUAUUAUCCUUUCAAGAUUUCUCUUUAGAAGAGACAUCAAAUUGUUUUUCGGACAAAAUAAACAUAUUUUCUUCGAAUUCUUUAGAUCAGUGGACACCUUUAAAAGAAAAUGUUUGUGAAAAUGAAGUAAUAAAGGUGUCGAUAAAAGCAUCCACUUAUCUGAAGGUUCAAUUUAAAACAGAUUCUUCUGUUACACAAAAAGGUUUUUCAGCUAAGGUUUCAUCAUUGUGUGGAGGUGAACUUUUAAAUUCUGGGGUGAUAGAACCUACUUGGUUUGAUAUGCAAAACAUAUUUUCGAAUAUGAUGCGAUGUGAAUGGAAGCUGAAAGUGCGACCUGGUCGAAAUGUUAAAAUUGUAUUUGAACAUUUCAAUAUCACAAGUUCUGAUUGCUCUUCAUAUGUUAUUAUACAUAAUGGCGAAACAAAAGAUUCACCUUUAUUAGGUGAUGGAAGAUAUUGCGGUUAUGCACAUGAAAAAUUGAGUGAACUAACUUCAUCUACUAAUGCCAUAUUUAUAAGUUCCGUAAUACACGUUUCUAGGGAUUCCUUUGGGACUUUUAAAAAUUUCAAGAUACGUUUUGAAGAAUUAAAUAAUGUGUGUGGUGUUACAUCUUCAUUGGAUAUUGAUCAUCAAUGGGAAGUCAUAUCUUCACCAAAUUACCCUUCCGUACCUCCAUCUUAUACAGAGUGUAUUUGGGUAUUCAUUGGUAGUCCGGGUGAAAUUCUACGUAUAGACUUUAUUGAAAGAUUUGACUUAGAAAAAUCAGAUUCUUGUGCUUCAGAAUUUGUAGAGAUUCGUGAGGGUUCUACAAGAAUUUCUCCAGUGAAAGGUAGAUAUUGUGGUGAUAAGCCUGGAACAAUAAAAACGAGUAACAAUAUAAUGUAUAUUAAGUAUUCAACGCAAUUAUCAGAACCCAGAAAUGGAUUUAAAGCUAAUAUUUCUAUAGAUGUCUGCGGUGGUACCAUUGUGGCAAGCGAAGGUACUUUGGUGUCACCGGGUUACCCACACAUGCCUGUAUUACCGUAUGGUACAAUUUGUAAAUGGAAUAUUAUUGGGCCUUCGGUAUUUAGUUUAAAACUUCAACUGAAAGAUUUUAAUAUUCCUGACUCUAUAGAACCUUGUGCUACAAAACUCACCAUUAGCGAAAAUUCUAUUCCAGUUAAUAAUACUGUUACUAUAUUAAAAGAAUAUUGUAACGACGACAUAGAAGAAUAUUCAACAACUAUUGAAUCUUUUACUAAUCAAGUAAUAGUCGCAUUAUCUAUUGGUAAGCCUAAUGAUUGGGAUCAAAUUUCUGAUAACAGGGGAUUUAAACUGACGUUUAGUUCCUGGAGGCCCACUUGCGGUGGCACUGUUACGACAUCAGAAGGAUUCCUAACUACACCAGGCUACCCCAGACUAACAACAUUGAGGUUUUGUCAAUGGAAAAUUAAACUGCCUAAUUCUAACAGACGUGUACGUCUAGAACUCUUAGACUUUGAUUUGGAGAAUCAUCGCAUAGGAAUAUAUAACGAUGUGCAAUUCCAAACUUUGAUUGAAAAAAUACCUAGUAAAAAUUAUUCUGUAGCAGAUAAAGUUUUCGAAUCAUCUGGAAGUACUUUAGGAAUCUAUGUGUGGUUAAAGCCGUUGGGAACAAAAACUCACCGAUUCCAAGCUCAAUUUACUUCAAAUGAUGAAGCAAUGUGUGGAGGUAAAUUAACUGGUAGCACGGGAGAAUUGUUAGAUCCCGAUCUUCAACGUUCGUACUUAUGUUCGUGGCAUUACAGUAACGAAGAUGUUGAAAAUAACUUGAAUUCUCAAUAUAAUACCAUGGUUAUUCAAGCUAAUGUUAAUACUCCAUCUAUUAAAAAAAGUUGCCGCAUUUCAGAUCCUCGCUUAACUAUAAAAUCCAUUAUUAUGGAAAACCUCUCAAUCACUCGAACUAUUUGUGGAGAAAAUAAAGAAGAAACUUAUAGACUUCCGUCAAACAUUAUGGAUCUUACAGCUGUGAGUAAUAAGGACAAAGACUUGAAUUUUCAUCUUAAAUGGAAGUUACAACCAUGUGGCGGUGUCGUCUACGUGAGCGAAGAAAUUAUGAAUGUAUUGAAUUUAACAAGUAAUAAUAACGUUUCGAUAGAUUGUGCAUGGGUGCUUGUCGCACCUACAAAUAGUAAGAUUGAAAUUAAAUUAGAGGGUGAAUUUCAAUUGGAAUGCUCCAACGAAUUUAUACAAAUAAGCCAAGGUACUGGGCAGUUGACAACAAUAAUUGGUGAUUAUUGUAAAGAUAGAUUUCCACAAAAUCCUUUAAUUACAUCUUAUAAGUAUACAUUUGUGGAAUAUCAUUCAAGUGCUAAGAAUAACACUAAAUUAAAAUUAAUUGUGAAAACUGCUACAAGUCAAUGUGGAGGAAUACUGACAAAACAUGAACGUCAAUUUUCAUCGCCGAACUUUCCUAAAAAUUAUAUGAAAAAUCAAGAGUGCAUCUGGGAAAUAAAAGCAGAAAUCGGUAAUAGAGUAUCUCUUCAGUUUAUUGAACGUUUCGUAAUUGAAGAUACACCAAAUUGUACUAAGGAUGCGUUAAUUAUAUAUGACUGGAAGGAUAACAUGUAUACUGAAGUUGCAAAACUUUGUGGCCGGCGAUUACCACCGGCGUAUAACUCGACUUACAAUCAAAUGAAAGUUGUGUUCCGUACCGACUCUGAGAUAAAUCUGGAUGGAUUUAGAGCUCGCUGGUCUUCUAUUUGUGGCGGUAUUUAUGAAGCCACCGAAAAGGAACAAAUACUCUACAGUCCAGACUAUAAUAACGGAUACUUGCCUUCCUUGAGAUGCGAAUACCGAUUUUCAGCAACAGGCAAUAGGAUUGAAUUGAAAUUUUUGACAUUUGAUAUCGAAGGUACGUAUCCACUAUGUGAAUAUGACAACGUUACUUUGACAGCGCACAGUAAGUACGACUAUAUUGACCAGGUAUACUGUGGACAAGAACUUCCGCCUCCCUUAAAAAAUGUUGACGAAGUCCAAAUGGUUUUGAGUACUGAUAGAUAUAGCAGUAGAAAGGGAUUUAAAUUGUCUUAUUCUAUUUAUACAUGUGGAGGCAAAGUUAAUAAUAGUCAUGUUAUUAAAUUUGACAAAUAUGAACGAGAUUUAAAUUGUACAUGGAUUAUCCAAGCACCGGUUAAUAAAAUUGUCGUAUUGAGAUUUGAUUACAUAGGUGUAGAGAGUAACUCCGACUGCUACAGCGAAUACAUUGCAGUUUAUAACGGAUUGAGUAUCGAUAACAAUCAAAGACUUGCAUUGAUGUGUGGAUAUGUUAACUCGAGUACAACAAUUAAUAGCAGCGGAAAUGAAGCUCUUUUGCAAUUGGUAACUGACAUCAGCGCUGCAUAUACAGGCUUUCAAGUUGAAAUUAUUUUCAGUUACUCGGAAUCUGUUGGGUGUGGGGGGCAAAUUGAUUUAAAUCCUACAUCGAGUCAUACCUUAAAAUCACCUCUUAUAGGAAACAGUUUUGUAUAUGAAAAUUAUUUAGAUUGUACAUGGAAUAUAAAAGCUCCGCAUGAUUAUGUCGUUAAUGUUGAAUUUAUAUCUUUCCACGUAUCUUCCUGCUAUAAUGUUAAUCAGACGGCUCUAGGAAUCAGCACGUGUAACUGUGAUUUCGUUGAGUUCAGGGACGGUAUAAACCCAAACAGUAUAAUUAUAGGCACGUAUUGUGGUCAUACUUUACCACCACAAAUACAUUCAACUUACGAAUAUAUGUCCGUUCGUCUUGCCACAGACGGAGAACUUGCUAGUUCAGGUUUUGAAGCUGUAUUAUCAGCAAAAGAAUCGCUUUGUGGCCAAAGUGUAUUUACAGUUACAAAUAACGUUCAAACUUUGAAAUCACCACGUUACGAUUCUGGUUUUGUUCCACGUGACUUAUAUUGCUCGUAUCGUUUAAGCGCUGAAAGCUACAAUAUUGUACGUUUAUCAAUAAAGAAUUUAGAUUUGCAAUCGGGUUCUACGGAUACAAAUGAAUGUAAUAACGAUUAUUUGUUAAUAACAAGCAACCCUUACCCCUUUAAAAAUACAUCGAUAGGAAGGGAAUUUAUUAUGAAUUCACGAAUUAAUUCCUUUUUUCAUGUUUCUUUUUUUUAUGAACAAACUUUACCUAGUAGUUCCGUGUUUUGUGGAAUAAAAAAAUCAAUUGAUUUAUACGUAUACGGUGAAAUUUUAAUAUAUUUAAAAACAACGUCAGAAUCAAGCAGAAGUUAUAGAGGGUUUGAAAUAGAAUUUAUUAAUUCCGGUUUCUGUGGAAGAAACUACACCGAUUCACAAGGCAGGAUAAAGUCUAGGUAUCCAACGCCAGAAGAUUCUACAGAUUGCUAUACGCUCAUCACGGCUCCUGAACAUCACACAGUUGCUCUUUACUUUUUGUUUAUUACUCCUGAAUAUGAUAAUGAAAACGUAUAUCUUGAUAUAUUUGAUGGCAAUAGUACAACAAGUCCACUUUUAGUUAGAUUCGCAAAGGAAGCCGUACGGUACUCUGCAGUUUUUUCAACGGGCAAGAGCUUAUUAUUACAUAAUCAUGGUGGAGAUAACAAACGAAUGUUAACUUUCGAUUCGAAUUAUGUUGCUACUGACAAAGGCCGCGGGUGCGGUGGCAAGCUGAAUAAUGUGGUAGGGAGAGUAAUGAGCCCUCUAUAUCCUGAAGUUUACCGACAGAAAAGUACAUGUGAAUGGGAGUUGGAAACUCCACAUGGAACUCGUGUGAUGGUUCAUUUUGUAGUAUUCGAUCUGGGUGUUGUAUGUGAUCAAAACUAUCUUCAACUAGUAAAUAGAGACGGGAACACGAUAUUUACUUUUUGUUCCGAAACCCCCGCAGAUUAUACAAGCGUAGAUAAUUACGUUAAAAUUAUAUUUACAACAACUUUGAAUAACGGUGGAACUGGUUGGGUUGCAGACUUUGUUGCCAUUGCCUAAUUCUAAUUGGUACGAGUGUAUUAUAUUUGGUUGCUAAAGAGUUUUGGUGCUAAAUUUAGGCUGAAAACAAAGAUUUUUUUUACUUUAGCUAUUAAUUAUAUAAUUAAAACCAACUAAAUCGAGA